AUGAGUGGCAGGGGCGGGGCGGAGUCCAGGUGCGCCUCGGCGUACACUUGGCAGAGCGCCUGGGAGCCGCUUGUGGGCAGGAGAGGAUCUGUCAAAUGCGAGGUUCCUAUAAUAAGAGCGACCAGUCCGGCUCCGAAAGUCAUGGCGACCGCAGCGUCUAACCACUACAACAUACUCACCUCCAGCGCAUCCAUCGUGCACUCGGAGCCUGGCAGCAUGCAGCAAGCCACGGCGUACCGGGACGCACAGAGCCUGUUGCAGGGCGACUACGCGCUCCAGAGCAACAGCCACACGCUCAGCCACGCACACCAGUGGAUCCAGGCGCUGUCCCACGGAGAGGGAGCCCCGUGGUCCUCCAGCCCGCUCGGCGCGGAGCAGGACAUCAAACCCACGGUGCAGGGCGCCCGGGACGAGAUGCACAACUCCAGCAGCAACCUGCAGCACCAGUCGCGGCCGCCCCACCUGGUGCACCAGACGCUCGGGAACCACCACGACAGCCGGGCGUGGAGAACAACCACCGCGGCUCACAUACCGAGCAUGGCGACGACGAACGGCCAAAGCCUUAUUUACUCCCAGCCGAGCUUCAGCGUGAACGGGAUGAUCCCGAGCAGCGGGCAGGGGAUGCACCACCACAUCCUAAGAGACAGUCAUGAUGACCAACACAGCCCGCACCUCAGCGACCACGGCCACCCGCCGUCCCAGCAUCAGCACCAGCACCAGCCGGGGAGCCACCACGACCACUCGGACGAGGAUACGCCGACCUCGGACGACCUGGAGCAGUUCGCCAAACAGUUCAAACAGCGGAGGAUCAAGCUGGGCUUCACGCAGGCGGACGUGGGACUCGCCCUGGGGACCCUGUACGGAAAUGUGUUUUCCCAAACCACCAUAUGCAGGUUUGAGGCCCUGCAGCUCAGCUUCAAAAACAUGUGCAAGCUGAAGCCUCUGUUGAACAAGUGGCUGGAGGAGGCGGACUCCACCUCGGGCAGCCCGACCAGCCUGGACAAAAUCGCUGCGCAGGGCAGGAAAAGGAAAAAACGGACUUCGAUCGAGGUAAGCGUAAAGGGAGCGUUGGAGAGCCAUUUUUUGAAGUCACCUAAACCGGCAGCGUCGGAAAUAAUCGGCCUGGCGGACAGUCUGCACCUGGAGAAAGAGGUGGUGCGGGUUUGGUUUUGUAACAGGAGACAGAAGGAGAAACGCAUGACUCCUCCCGGAGGAGCUCUGCCAGGGAGCGAGGAUGUGUACGGGGACACGCCGCCGCACCACGGGGUCCAGACCCCGGUCCAAUGA